AUGUUAAUAUUUAUCCAUUUAAUUCUUUAUAUAUUUAUUUGUUCUCUACAAAGCAUAACAAAGAAUGUCUAUGGAGUUGAAGCUUCUUCAAAUAAUACCUUUAGUCUGAAGCAGUUGGAAUUUAAUAACGAAAAUGAACAGUUAUUAACUAUUAGUCGAAAUAAACGCUUUUAUCCUUUGGACGGUGGCGGCGGUGAAGGAGGUGGAGAUGGUGCUUCUCCCGUUGCAGGGGCGGCCUACAGUUGUGUACCCUGCAAGAAAGGCUUAUGCCAAUUAAAUGGCUGUAAAUGCGUUAUUUGCCCACGUCCUAGAUCAAGAAAUCGUCGGCGAAGACCUCAAAAUAAACGACCAUAUUAUCGAAGGCCGAGACCGAGACCCUACAAAAGGAGAAGGCCUUACUGGUGGCUAAGAAGAUACGUGGUUAUUGAAUACUAA